GUUUGCGGCCGCUCCUGCCGUAUUUCCUGGGCUCCAGUGUCUGAGCGGUUUCUGCCUGCUGGUGGCCGCGUCGCUGUCUGGUAGGGGCGUGAAGAUCUGUGGCUACGGCCUUUGGGCUGGGAUGAACCGCGCUCUCGGUGAAGGCAGGGGAGCCGAGCCAGAGCCAUGAAAUUUUAUUUCCAUUCCUCUUGAUUGACCUUUAAUGUGGCCUCAUUUCCCUGGAGAUGCAAAAGACGUUUUCAAAAGGAGGGAAAUCAUCCUUUUCAUCACUGCUGUAAAAGCCAGUACAGUGGUAGCAGUUGGACUGACCAUUGCUGCUGCAGGAUUUGCAGGCCGUUAUGUUUUGCAAGCCAUGAAACAUGUGGAGCCUCAAGUAAAACAAGUUAUUCAUAGUCUACCAAAAUCUGCCUUCAGUGGUGGCUAUUACAGAGGUGGGUUUGAACCCAAAAUGACAAAACGAGAAGCAGCAUUAAUACUAGGCGUAAGCCCUACUGCCAAUAAAGGAAAAAUAAGAGAUGCUCAUCGACGAAUCAUGCUUUUAAAUCACCCAGACAAGGGAGGAUCUCCUUAUAUAGCAGCCAAAAUCAAUGAAGCUAAAGAUUUACUAGAAGGUCAAGCUAAAAAAUGAAGUAAAUGUGUGAAUUUUAAGUUCUUGUUAGUUUAUGUAUAUCAGUGCUAGCUUUUUAUAAUAAAAGGCCUCAAUGCUACAAA